AUGAACAUCACCUCAUGCCCCAUCACCUAUUAUGGACAGGAGUAUGACAAAAUUUAUGUGAGUUAUAUAAGCUCUCAUGAUAUAUGUAAUGUUUAUAAGACAAAUACAACAGUAAGGGAUCCAAACAUCUGCUCUACUGUUACCUGCAAUGUGAGUGGAGUUGCUACUGCUGUCAGUGAUUGUGGUCCCAUGGAGCAUUGCCAAGGAAAUGGGAGUUGCAUAUUGAACACCAUGUGCACCGUGACAGGCUCCACUGUAAUUGACUUCAUUGGCAGAGUCCGCUCUGUCCCGGACAGGUGCGGGUACACUCUUAUGAGGUCCGUGUCAAUUCCAGGCCUCCAAGUGCUGGGGGUUUUCCAGGAAAGACGCCGUAAAGAUGUUAGUUUUUUGGACCAUGUGAUACUGCAGCUGGACAGUGCAGGUGUUCAGAUUUCCCUGGAACAAGGCGGCAGAGUUCAGCUCAACGGCAAAGAGCUGAUGCUCAACAACUCAGCUCAGGUAGACCACGAUGUGGAGCUCUCAAGGGACCAGACGGGAUUGACUGCAAAAAUAUCAGCCUCCAACCACACACUGUCUGUCCAUUUUGAUGGCAACACUGCACAAAUCCACAUGAGAGGACCAGGAGGAGCACUGGUACAUGGUUUAUGUGGCAAUUCCAGCAGGUCCCGUGAGGAGAAGAUCUCCAAACACUCUGCCACAGGCUGUGGGAUACAGUAUAGCGAUGCUGCUGACAGUACAAUCAACUGCAACGCCACAACUGAAUGGUGUAAUAUCCUGAAGCAGACUCCCUUCACUGUUUGCAACAAGCACAUCAACCCAGAGCCCUUUGUUACUGCCUGCACGCGCACUUUGUGCAAAUACCCUGCAGUAGAUGGUCUCAAGUGCCAGUUCCUGGAGGCCUAUGCUAGGGUCUGUAGCCACCUCGGCAAUGUCACAGUGGAGAACUGGAGGUCAAAGAUCGGCUGCUCCAGGAUCCCUAAAGCUCUCUGUCAGGACAGGUUCUGCAGUGCCCAUGAGUUCUGUGGCGAGAGGAGCAAUGGUGGGAAACCCCGCUGCCACUGUCGGGCCAUUUUUGCCUCAAAGUACAGAUCAACAAGCACUUUUGGUGAACCAACGGUCUGCAGUCAGAAGUCUGCUUCAGUAAAUCUGGCUAAUUGUCUCUUAGAGGACAAAGGCAUCGACUUCUCUGUCUUACACCUAAAUGACCCGGCCUGUAAAGGAGAAUUGGACAACCUAACCCACAUGGUGACAUUUAACUCCAACAGCCACAAUUGCGGUGCAGUGCUCACAGCAAACAAAAGUCAAAUCAUCUACAAGAACACCAUCAUGACACGGAACAGCUCCCUCUUUGGCCUAAUCAACCGUCACGACCCAGUGCAUAUUGACUUCUCCUGUUAUUACAGUCAGCCUGAUAUCAAGAGCUUGGCCAUCAAACUUAAAGACAGCUCCGUGAACCGGCAAAUUACUUCUGGAGAAUGGAACUACAAUCUGACCAUGAAGCUUUACACCAACUUUGACAGUAAGGUAGCUAUCCAGUCAAGCACUGAAAUUAAUCUGGACCAGAAAAUCUGGGUGGAACUGAAGACAGGUGGGUUGGAUGACUCAAUAGUCCGUGUGGUGACUGACUCCUGCUGGGCAACCAAUCAGCCUUCGCCAAGUGGAAGCCUGAGAUAUGACCUCAUCAUCAAGGGCUGCCCUAAUCCUGCUGAUGAGACAGUGAAGGUGGAGGGAAAUGGGCUAGGAACAUCCAACUACUUUUCUUUCAACAUGUUCCAGUUUUCUGGCACGACUGGUGGUGUCUACUUGCACUGCAGAUUAGUGCUGUGUGUCAGGCAGGGGGACACCUGUGCACCGAGGUGCAAUCAGGCUGAGAGAAGGCGCAGAUCUGUCAUGUCAAAAUAUGAGGACGAAAAGCCUACCUUCAUCACCAUGGCCUGGACUUAUUAG